AUGAGCAGAUUGAUCGUUGCCCUCCACACUGUGCUAAAAAGAUUCAAAGAAAUGGGAUUGUUUACAGACUCAGACAAAGACAACUCAGAUAAAUUAUCGGAAAGCAGUUCAUCCACGUCAAGCAAUUGGCUUGACAGAUAUCUUUCCAUUGCCAGGGAGGCCAAACAUUCCCUUGCAAGCAAGAUCGAAGAUGUCGCUCUACCUGGAGAAGACGGAACAUUGUUUAACAAGAAUAUCGACACAAAUCGACCAGAUUCAAUUUUCAGGGCCGUCUUUGGAGACGAUUUUGAGACGACUUUUAAUAAAGUUGACUCUUUGGUCAAUGCUAUUGCCCCAGUUUUUGAUCAAGAUGUAUGGUCAGAACUUUUCACAGGUUCCAAGUUGGUGUCUUCUAAAUAUGGUUUGUGGGCCUACCCAAUUCCUUCGCAUCAGCUUUACAAAGACUGCAACUCCAAACAAGGUUUGUCCGUUUGGGACGAACAUGGGUAUUGGAGAUGUUUGUUUCCAAAGGCUCAAUUGCCUGAGAACUAUAAGAGCAUUGAUUCCAAUAUUAUAAGUAAGGAAGACGUGGAGCAGGAUGAUUCUCAUAAGUUAGGAAGGUUUUUUACUAAUUUCUCUGACUACUUGAACUGGAGAUCGGUUAUGGAGGAGAACAUCAAAAAACAGAGAGUUUCGUUCUCUAAACCUCAAAAGUCUUCGGGUUCUUCAACUUCCUACUCCGAAAGAACUCUACCUAAUGGAGAAAUUGAGAAAAUUGAAAAGAAGCAUGAAUGGUUUGUGGAUGGAACAGAACGCUCCAAAGAAACUAAGACCAUCAUCCAUCCUGAUGGAUCCGUCACAACAGAAAACAUCAAGUAA